GAGCUAAAAGUGGUAUCGCCAGACUUAGAGAACGGCUGGAUGAACUGGAGAAAGGUAAAAAUGGCAAAAACUCAAGGGGAAGUGGAAAAUGAGUGUAAUUCCCCAAAUGGUAGAAUAUCCCUUUAAUGAGGGAAUGAUCCAGGAGAAUGUCAGAAUCCAAUUUAUUGACCAAGAAUGUUAAUACCCAAAAGUACCACCACAGCAAUGUAAAGAUAUGCCAUUAUAAGAAAAUAUCAGAAGAUAAUAUCAGAAAAUGUCAGAAAAACAUUGGCCAAACAUUAUGGGGAAAAUGAAAUCUACAUAUGAAUAUCAAGCCAUGUGUAGGCUACAUUUUAACUAGUCCUCGUAAAUGUUUUAAUGUAUUGCUGAAAAUAGUUUCUGCCUAUAAAAUGUCAGCAUGUUCGCGCUUACCAGUUCUCGAGAAGGUGAGUUACAAUGUGAACAUCUACUUGUCAACUUCUUACUUGCUGUAUUCUUUGAUUUGAUGGAUUAGCUACACCAACUGCUUAGGGAGUGGGCGUGGAGUUUAUUUCCGAUAUUAAAGCUGCAGAAAAUGAAAAAUAUCCAGAAGGAGACGUCUUUGAGAUUAAACGCUUCCAGUGUGUCAUUGCAGGAGCCAGUAGUCUAUAUUACACGUCUCGAGAAAAACAACAGAAAUUAUUAUCCAACAAACAUGGCUCAAUUGGUCCAGUUCAUCAUCUGCAUUUUUCUUCUCUCGACAAUUGAGUCGGUCGUGGAAGGGAGCGAAGACAAAAGUAAAAGGCAUGAGAAUGAUGCCUUGCACGACGAUGGAUCAGUUCAGUUAGGGAAACCAAGAAGGCUUUUCGCCAGAACCCGAUUUGAGCUUCAGCAAAGACUACAGAGACCUAGACCCAGGACCGUGACUGCGACGGUGGAAUCCCGUGCGGCCCCGCCCCCCCGAGCGCCUCCUGCUCUUCCUGCCCGUGUCACCUCUCCUGUUGCUCCAGUUGUGGUGCGGCGCUGCCCAGGGUUGAUGGAGGCCUGCUCUCCCCACAUGCCAUGCUGCGACCCCUGUGCCACCUGCCACUGCCGCCUAUUCAAUACUAUCUGCCACUGCUGGAGAAUGAGUCACCUUUGCCCCAAAAAGACCUAGUCCUCUCCAUCUCUCACAGACACGCUGCACACACACACGCAAAAAAAAACUGAUGCACUCGUAGUUUGCAUAUAUAUUAUGUGUUCUAGAUAUUAGUAAUCCUAAUGUAUAUGUAUUUAUGCUAUAGAUAUAGAAUGAGAAGCACAGUUCACACAUACUGUGUUACAUUUUACAUUUUGAUUGGAACUUUUCAUAUUCAGCAUCUACCAGUGGGCUUCAUAUUUGCACCUACAAGCUGAGGUGCUGGGUGGGUGGGCAGAUGUACAUGGGUCCGGCUCAGUGGCUAUGUAUGUAGGUCAGCCUUCUUUGUACAGCUAAUCACUGAGCAAGUCCAAACCUGGGUUUUCUUUGGUUUGGUUUAGCUGUUUACUUCCAUUACUUCAGAUGAUAUUCACUGGACUGACCUCCUCAAUGUGUUUAAUGAAUUGUGAUACAUUUGUUUCUGCUGAUUGCUCUCAGAUCAUUAUGACCACUCAACCAAGGAUACACUGUUAUUAAUUAGCACCACGUGUUAUUUUUGUACAAUAAAC